CACACUCAUAUUUUUACUCUGACGCCCUGAAACAAGCAUGACUUACAAACACUCUUCUAGACUUUAUUUUGUAUUUUUACUUCUUGUUCUGUUGUCGGAAAGAUGCUGGUCAGCAGCUAAUCUGAGUGUAGAGUGUCUGAUCAUCAACCUUGAGUAUGUGGAGUGCAAAUGGCCAGAGACAUCAAGGAUGAAUUACACCUUCAGCAGUGCAUUUAAAGAUGAUUUUUUAUAUGAAGACUGUACUGAGUACAUCCUGGAAAACAAUUACACUGUAGGCUGCAGACUUCCUCUAAAGGAUCAUCAGGAUAAAUUUUAUAAAAUGUAUACAAAUAUUUCUACUGGAGGAAACCAAUCUGUUUCACAAGCUUUUGAAUCCCUCCAUAAAUAUGUGCGGUUAAACCCUCCUUAUAACAUAUCAGUGGUCUGGUUUGAACAAAACAGCACACUUGUUCUACAGUGGAAGAAGAGCACUAACACUAGCAACAAGUGUAUGGUUUAUAUGGUGCAUCAGGAGACAGACACAAUCAAGUACAUUAAUGUGACAGAAUCAUCAUACAGUCUGCCGCUUGCGUCACAGAAUAAACAAUAUGCUUUCCGAGUCCGGAGCACUCUUUCUGGUUACUGUGGUCCUUCAGACCUCUGGAGUAACUGGAGCAUUUGGCUGAAGUGGGGCAAUGGAGGAGCAAAUGAGAACAUCAGCAGAUCAGCCUGGUGGCUAAUUCUGUUGGCUAUGGUUAUCUUGUUUGUCUUUUUUACAUCCCUGCUGGUUUGGUACCAUUUUGAGAGGAUAAAGAUUGUCUUGCGUCCAAUUGUGCCUGACCCCAGCAGGAACUUACAAGAUUUAUUUCAAAAACAUGAUGGAAAUGUUGAGAGCUGGAUUCACAUCUCCAAAGAGCUUAAGGAAGCCUUUGAGCCAGACUACACCGAGGCUGCCUGUGAUGUAUGUGAGGCUGCACCCUCUUGUGAUGUCAGUGCCACACCUGAGGCCACUCCCACUUCCCAAGAUGACACCUGUGAUAAGACAAACACUGAGGAACAGCCUGAAAAACAGCUUAGCUCAUCGGCCAGUGUGUGAUUUGGGAUCAUU